AUGAGGAGGUCAGAGAUCAUUCCUGUGCUGGGCCCAUCCAAGCUCGCGAGCCCGCUGUUUUCCUGCGAAACAUCUGCCUCUUCUCUUUCGCCAUAUUCGCCUGCCACCUUUGGAUCUCCCAUCGAUGAGAUAGCGAUUAAAUUUAGACACUCGAAAUCGAGACUAAACCGCAAGCUCUCCAGACUUCUCUGCGCAGCGUGUCUGCUGGCAAGCACGCUGUGGAUCCUGGCGCGGUCGCCAGCCCAAUACACCAACUGGACGUACCUGCAUUCGCGCCUCCCACUCGGCGAUUACGAUUAUGUGCGACUUGAAUCGUUACUGCCGGAUUUAAAAGAAAAAUUGCAUCUAGAGCGUUCCUCGUUUCCGUCCCCAGACCACCCGUUCGACCCGCGCUUGGUGGCCGCGCUGUGGCUGUCCAAGCUACACGCACAUUUCGAGUCCAAAUCGCUGGAUUUGGGACAGCCGUUUGCGAUCCCGUUCCACUGGCGCGACUGGGUCGAUAUGGACGAUCGACUCCGCCCGGCCCAGUCCUGGAUGGUUGCAAACCGCGGCCGCAACCUCGACUGCAAAACGUUCAAGUCCCAAAACAGCCUCUCGCAGCUUUUGUGUGUAGACGCCGACGAGCCCCAGAUGCUGUCGCUGCCGUCCUACUAUCCGUCCAUGAGGGUCGCUGCGCCGUACGUUCCGAAAAUGGCAGUCGACGCGCGCAUCGUCUACGGAGCAAGCUACCUGCUCGACGCCGCGCCGCCCCCAGAAAAAGUGGUGUUUAUCCAGAAACACAACGCCGCAAUCGUGCGCACAGAGCCGCAUCCUCGCUCCACCCUGGGCCAGCUGAUCACCGAGUACACUAUCCGCAAAAUGACAGGCCAGGGUCUGGUACAGCCGGACGUGCCAUCGGAGAUAAAUAUGAAAGCCGAGGCGCGGCGCUUAUUCAGCUCAGCUCACUGCAGGGCCGGCAUCAUGCAGUCGCGGGCCCUGUGUGUGAGGACCGAGCACCCGGACGAUGGCACCCCAGUGCCUAUCUCCGAAGAGGAAUUCUACUGGGACACUGCCAAAAACAAAAUACAUGAAAACCCGCCCAAAUACUUCUACGAGGCAGACAACUACAACAGCAAGAUCAACGGCGCGCACUUCGACUGGCGCUUCUUCAACGCACGCAAUCUCUCGUCGAUCGAGCGCAAAGCAGCGCUCCACAAGCUGGUCACCACCUGGCUCCGGUUCUCCAACAUCGUCGGGCUGCAUACCUGGCUCGCCCACGGAACGCUGCUUGGCUACCAGUUCAACGGCCUCGUCCUCGACUGGGACUUCGACCUCGACGUCCAGCUCACACAGACCGGUCUGCUGCGCCUGGCACGUGACUACAACCAGACGCUUGUCGUGGACGUCGACGGCACAGGGAGCUACCUGCUGGACGUGAGUCCGUACUUCCAUGACCGGCGUCGCGGCAAUGGCAACAACGCCAUUGAUGCGCGGCUCAUCGACACCGCGACCGGUCUCUACAUCGACAUCACGAGCCUGGCCCAUACUCCUAGCCAGCUGCCACCAACAAGGAAAAAACGGCUCGACGAGCUUCAACGGCUCUAUCUGCAGAACGAGAUCGACCAGCGCAACUUCUCGCAACUGUACAGCUGUCGCGACGAGCACUACUACGCGCACGACGAGAUUUCUCCGCUCAGGCCUGUUUUAUUCGAAGGUGUUUUGGCGUACGUUCCGCACAAUGUGGACCAAAUCCUGCUUCGGGAGUAUCCAAAGUACCCCACACGCAUGACACACGAGCACCACACGUUCAGGACGAGUCUGAACUCGUGGGUGUCGGACGAGGCGUGCGACAGACAGGACGUGCUGGGGCUGAGUUGCAAGGACCCAGUGACGCUGCUGGAGACGAAGCUCACGAAACAGUACACUACAGGACAUCUGCUGCGCCAGGCCAGUCUGAGCAGCCGGGCGGACGAGCUCGAGGGCCUCCGUGUCGACAGCGUCAUGGGGCCCAUAAUCCAGCACCGGCUCCAGACACUGGUGUGA